CUCCGCGCUGACGUUGGACAACAAAGAUGGCGGCGGGGAGCAGCAACUACUGGGAAGAUCUCAGGAAGCAGGCGAGGCAGCUGGAGAACGAGCUGGACCUGAAGCUGGUCUCUUUCAGCAAGCUCUGCACCAGCUACAGCAGCACCCGAGACGGAAGACGCGACAGGUAUAGCUCUGACACAACUCCUCUAUUAAAUGGAUCAAACCAGGACAGAAUGUUUGAGACCAUGGCUGUGGAGAUUGAGCAACUUCUGGGAAAGCUGACUGGGAUAAAUGACAAGAUGGCAGAGUACACCAACAGUGCGGGCGUGCCAUCACUGAAUGCAGCGCUAAUGCACACACUGCAGCGCCACAGGGACAUCCUGCAGGAUUACACGCACGAAUUCCACAAAACUAAAGCAAACUUCUUGGCAAUACGAGAAAGGGAGAAUCUGUUGGGAUCAGUACGGAAAGAUAUUGAGUCGUAUAAAAGUGGGUCUGGUGUGAACAACAGAAGAACAGAGCUGUUCCUGAAGGAGCACGAACACCUUCGGAACUCAGAUCGACUGAUAGAAGAAACAAUAAGCAUUGCCAUGGCAACAAAAGAAAAUAUGACUUCGCAGAGAGGGAUGUUGAAGUCAAUACAAAGCAAGAUGAAUACCUUGGCAAACCGUUUUCCAGCAGUGAACAGCCUGAUCCAAAGGAUCAACCUCCGGAAGCGACGGGAUUCCCUCAUUUUGGGCAGCGUGAUCGGCAUCUGCACCAUCCUGCUGCUCUUGUAUGCUUUCCAUUGAUGGAUGUUUCACCCCCUGGACUCUGCUAAAACUCAUCAUCACCUUCCCUCCUCCCAGCCAAGGAAAAGUGAGUGGGGGAAGCAUCAGACUUCCUCAGCCUGCUUGUGGCUGGGGCUGUCAGCAUGAUGUCUGGAGCUUCUGAUGGUAGACUGUGACACUGGGCUUGGGCUGAAGCUGCAGUGUUUCUCCUCCCCUGCUGUUCACCUUCCUUUGGGUUAAAUUUGGUGGGAUUUGUUUGUCUUUAAUUCCCUUUCUCACUGCAAAGUAAGUGCCCAUGGGAUGCUUAACCAGAACUGGGGGAACAGUUCAGUGCUCAGCAGUGCUGGGGAGGUUUGGUGCUGGCUGGGGAGUGGGAAAGGAUUAAAUUUGCCUUGGGUGGAAGCUCAGCAGGAAGGCUUUUCCUUCUAAUCCCAGCCCAGAACUGAAUUUCACCCUGAGAGAUGAAUAUUGCAGCUUUAAGGCUUCAGGUUGCUUCAUUACUAAAUACAUGUUCUGUCAUUCUUUUUAACUCCUUUUAACUUGAAAUUCUAGUUAUUUCUGCAUAAUUUGUGCUGUGAAAACUGUGCUUCACACAAAUUUUUCAAAGUUAACAAAAAAAAAAAUAAAGGGGGGUUUUUGUUCACUUUUUGCACAGAAUACAAAUAAAGUACCCUCUGAGGGAGA